AUGGCUGCCCUUGCAUCCGGCGAGCUUGAUUGGAGCAAGAUUACUCUCGAGCCCACAACGACUCCCAUACCAACUGCAACUGGCAGCCUGGACCUGUCCGGCAUCAUCCUUGACGGUCCAGGCACCACGUCAGCCGCAGUUGGCAUCGACUUGUCAGGCUACACCCUCGAGCCGCCGGAGAGUGAUACUCCUGCCGCAGGAGUCCUGCGGCCGCAGAUCUGGACUGGUCCAGUGUCAGCCCCGAGGGAACGACAAGUCCGACAACUAUGGCUCCUGAGUCAGAGUAAGAGUGGAUGCCCUCGCUUCGCCUUCAUUUGUCUUAUCCUCAGAGCUGCGGAGAAUGUCGAAGAUCUCCCAACGGGCAAUGCCUGUAUGGCUAGCGCAGGGUGGCCAGCAGAGCUAGUUGGGGUUCUCAUCGCGAUCAGCCUACUUGGGUUGAUCGCAAACUGCGUGCAACUCCACCUCCUAAAGAAGGUCAUGAACAGGACGCUGGUUGGGGAGGAGGGCGACAUCGAGAUGGGAGACAGGUAG